AUGGGAGAAAAGCUGGAGCUCAGGCUCAAAUCGCCGGUUGGAGCAGAAGCCGCUGGCUACCCUUGGCCAUUACCGGUUUACGAUAAACACCAUGAUGCUGCCCAUGAAAUCAUCGAGACCAUUCGGUGGGUGUGCGAGGAGAUUCCAGACCUCAAGCUGGCAAUGGAAAAUUAUGUGCUCAUCGACUACGACACCAAGAGUUUCGAGAGUAUGCAGAGAUUGUGCGACAAAUACAACAGGGCCAUCGACAGCAUUCACCAGCUGUGGAAAGGGACCACCCAGCCCAUGAAGCUGAACAAGCGGCCUUCCAACGGGCUGUUGCGACACAUCCUCCAGCAGGUGUACAACCACUCGGUGACCGACCCGGAGAAGCUGAACAACUACGAGCCCUUCUCGCCCGAAGUGUAUGGCGAGACCUCUUUCGACCUGGUGGCGCAGAUCAUCGACGAGAUGGAAGUGAUGGAGGAUGAUACCUUCGUGGACCUCGGCAGCGGCGUGGGUCAGGUAGUGCUGCAGGUUGCAGCAGCGACCAACUGUAAACACUACUACGGGGUAGAGAAGGCAGACAUUCCAGCAACCUAUGCAGAGACCAUGGACAAAGAGUUUAAAAAGUGGAUGAAAUGGUAUGGGAAGAAACAUGGCGAGUACACGUUGGAGAGAGGAGAUUUUCUGUCUGAAGAAUGGAAAGAAAGGAUCGCUAACACAAGUAUUAUUUUUGUGAAUAAUUUUGCCUUUGGACCAGAAGUAGAUCACCAGCUGAAGGAACGUUUUGCUAACAUGAAGGAAGGUGGAAAAAUUGUAUCCUCCAAACCAUUUGCACCUUCGAACUUUCGAAUAAAUAGCAGAAACUUGAGUGAUAUAGGCACAAUAAUGCGUGUGGUGGAGCUCUCGCCACUGAGGGGCUCCGUGUCCUGGACUGGAAAGCCAGUUUCCUAUUAUCUGCACACCAUAGACCGCACCAUACUUGAAAACUACUUUGCGAGUCUCAAAAAUCCUAAACUCAGGGAAGAGCAGGAGGCAGCUCGGCGACGUCAACAGAAAGAUACUAAGGACAGCAAAAGCAAUAGCACCACACCCACCAAAACUAAGGAACAAAAUAAGCAGGACUCCUGUGAGGAGGAGGAGCGCCCCCCAUUGGUGACUGUGGUCAAGCCAUCUGCCAAGCCCCGCCAAACAAAAGUCUUGGCCAAGGGUCGCAAGCUGAAUAACAAGAAGAGGGGUCGACCCAAGAAGGCGUCACCGGCUGUCGAGAAGAAGAAGAACCAGAGCGCUUUGGAAUUGCUGCAUGCCAAGACACUUUCUGCAGCUCCCCCUCAGGAUGCAUACCUGCAACCGCGGAGUCCCUUUUACCAACUACCUCCUAAGGUUCAGCACUAUCCAGCCAAUCAACUGCUGCUGAGCCCGACCCCUCCCGGUCUGCAACAACUGCUAGAUAACAUCAAAGUUCAAUACCUCCAGUUUAUGGCCUACAUGAAGACGCCUCAGUAUCAAUCAAAUAUACAGCAGCUUUUAGAGCAGGAGAAGCAAAAACACAGGGAUUUGACCAUCCAGGCAGAGCAGCUUCAUUCCAUCUGUCAGUCUCACAAAGACAAAAUCAAAGGUCUCUUCCAGACAAAACUGGAUGAGCUGGGAGUGAAAGCUCUCACUGUGGAGGACCUGCUGCAAGCCCAGAAGGAGAUAUCGGCCCACAACCAUCAGCUGAAAGAGCAGACCAAACAGCUUGAAAGAGACAUGGCUUUACUAAGAGAUCAAAGCGUGCUGCUGCUUAAGUCUCGAUGUGAGGAGCUGAAGUUGGAUUGGGGCAAUUUGUGUCUGGAGAGUCUGCUGAAAGAGAAAAUGGCACUGCGGAAACAGAUCUCUGAGAAGGAGAGGCACUGCUUGGAGUUGCAGAUUAGCAUUGUGGAGCUGGAGAAAAGUCAACGGCAGCAAGAGCUUCUUCAGCUCAAGUCUUACAGCCCUCGUGAGGGGUCCCCUUACAGAAAGAACCUGGAAUCCCGUUCCUCCGCUGACAUGGACACCUCAAAGUUCAGCAUGUCCUCAGUCCCAUCUCUCAACGGCAUAAGUCCGGACUGCUCCAUCAACGGCACUAGCUCGCCCUCUUUCGAGCGCGGGAACGCCAAAGCGGAGCUUCUUUCUCGCUAUCUGCCAAUUUCUCCCGACCACGAUCUCGCAGCGUCCAUGCCGGAGGCUCGACAGAGGCAGCACGUCUCCCACGCUCUUCCCGACUACACACGCUUCUCCCCGGCUAAAAUUGCCUUGCGCAGGCAUCUCAACCAGGAGCCCACAGUCGCUAGCCACUUGAGAGGUCCUGGGCUGCCCACACACAGAGGGGAAAUGGGUGGCCUUCACUCACCUGUCGGAGCCAAGCAGAUCAGCCCAUCUCCUAAUGCUUUAGAUUCCCAGAAUACUCAGAAGAACAAUGAGAGGGUUGGAAAGGAAAAAAGUCCAUCUGUUCAGGCAGACAGCAGUAUCACAAGCCUUCCAAUAAGUAUUCCACUGAGCACUGUUCACCCAAGCAAACUUCCAGUCAGCAUUCCAUUGGCGAGCGUGGUGCUACCCAGCCGGGCUGAGAGGCUGAGAAGUACUCCCAGUCCUGUGUCUCAGGCCAGUCAAAUCAAUGGUUAUUCGUCUAGCUCAGGGCUCAUGAAUGGAGGUCUCCACCCAGAGGAACAAAAUGGUGCUUCUUCAUCGCCUCUCCACACGAACACCCCUCUGGCGGGACCCAUGAGCAGAGGAGGUCCGAUCCAGAGCCCCCCACUCGGCACCGGAGGGGUUCUUCAUUAUGCAGAUGGACCCCCGAGGAUUCUUCCAGAAGACAGCCAGGAACGUCAGGAGGCCGAGUCGGACACUGAGCCCCAAGACAAUGAGCUGCGGAGGAGAAUUUUCUUCUCCUCUUCGUCCUCCUCCUCUUCUUCCUCGUCAUCAGGAGGCGUAGGCGGCGUGACCGGUGGAUCGCGCCUCCACCACCACGCUGGCUCAACCAAGCAGGGAUACCACAGCAACCACGGAAACCACAACCACCAGCCACCCGGUGCGCAUCAUACUCACUUGUCGUCAUCACACCCUGCACACGGCCUCGCUACUCAAGAAGGGCGCAAGAGGGGGAGGCGGAAGCGAGGCUCUACGGGAGUCGUCACAGCCAGCGGCUCCCCAAAGCGGAGGUCCUUCCCCGGAAUCAGUGCAAACAACCAUUCCUCUGGAUCGCCUCUCAACAUCAAUUCCAUGGUGAAUAACAUCAACCAGCCCCUGGAGAUCGCCGCCAUCUCCUCGCCCGAGCAAUCGAGCCGCAGCCCGGGCGCGACGACCCUGGACCAACCUCCAGUACUAAAGCGGGAGCGCCCCUUGGAGGUCAACGGCACUGGUCUUUACUCCUCUGCCCCCAGCACUGAUGAUGAGGACUCAGGAUACCCGGCUGACAGCACCAGCUCACGAAUUGAAAGAAAGAUUGCUACGAUAUCCUUGGACAGCAGCAGAGAUGGAUCCUGUAGACUUGGCGACAGUGAAAGAGGCAGGAAGUCGGGCAGCAGCAGUGGAAACAGCACAGGCAGCGAGGCCUCGUCGUCGUCAUCUUUGUCUUCUACAAGCAAAUGGAAGUCAACUUUUUCACCCAUUUCUGACCCCAAGCAACCUAACUCUGACCCGAGACAAGGGGGCUCUCCUUUUGGAAUGGGAGGAUCAAACUCUGACGCUGAUUACAAAUACCAUCAACAGGCCAGGAAAGGGAGCGAUUUAGAGCAAUCCAGCUACACCAAUCCCAACCCUUUCCUUAGCCAAGAGGCUGGCAACCGUAGUAGCGGCAGCGGAGGAGGCCAGGCAAGCAGCGGUUCUGACCCCCGCCAACUUUUACAGAAGCAGAAAACACCUCGGGAUUGGGAGCUAAAGACGAGCAGCAGCCAUUCCAGCCAGAACCUCUUCAUAGCUGCUGCCACCGCCAGUAGCGGCGCAGGCAUACUGAGCGGCAAAGUUGGUGGCAGCCCUGUCACAGUUUCAACAGGAUCAUCGGUGGGUCAGUACCUGGGCUCUCAGUUCCCACUGGGAGGGACCUCGGUCUUACAGACAUUGUUCGGAGCCCAGACAGGAAGCUCCGGUGCGAGCACCAAUGCUCGAAUGGUCAACGGACACUCUGGCCUGGGAAGUUUCUCUAGCGCUGGGCUUGCAGGGGGAGCAGCAGGAGGUACCUUUCAUCACGCGGUUCCCUCCGUGUCCUCCCAUCAGUUUGGGGCCUCGCCGCCCACCUCUGGAGGCCUCAGCUCUCUACUCAGUCUCUCCCAACCCGCUUCCACGCGCCAGGCUUCCGCACCUUCGCCUCUGCCCCCCUCCCUGUCACAGGCCCAGCACAGUCGCACUCAGUCGGUGCUGCACAGCCCCUCCCCUCCCACGCUCGCUCUUCCUCCUCCGCCACCUUUGCACAGCGCCCCGUCCUCCAACGUGUCGACUGACACUCUCCCGCUGCCCCACUCGUCCCGUCCCUCCCACUCCUCUCUUCAUACCCAAAGGGUCCAUUCGUCCCACGUGCUAACUGUCUCCUCCUCUGUUGUUCUCCCUCCCUCCUCUUCCUCUUCUCUGUCCGUCUCCUCCACCUCUCGUCCGUACGCAGUGCACUACUCCCCCCGCUUGCCCCUACCUCCUGCCAGCAGCUCAGGUGGUGGCGGGAGCAUGCGAAGAACUCAGGGCAUGCAUGGCACCUACACCGCCACUCCGCUGCCUGGCUCCCGACCAAAAUAG